AUGACGAAGGUGAGGAAUGCAAGACCCGAAGUACGAACGAGAGCGGAUAGCCUGUCUCGCAUGCUGGAGCUGGAGAAGAAGCUCAAGAUGCAGCGACUUCAAGACAUUGGCUCAGCACCACCACUCACACCGCCAGGACUUUCCCAUACAAGACCCCUUUCUUCCGCACAACCAAAUCCGGCAUUGAAAGCUCGGCGUGCCAGUGCUCAUCCACCGCUCACCCACCAGAACCCGCACCAGAUGAUGAAAGCUGCGCGCAAUAGCCUGGCUCUGCCCUCGCUUUCCAUCUCUAUCCCACCUUCUCCAACCACGGCCUUGGCUGUAAGAGCAGAUGGCUUGGAUGCCGAGCUUCGCCAACGCGCACAAUCUGCAGAGCCUCCGAGGGAGCCUCGAGAGCGGACAAAAACGGUAACUUUCUCAGACCCUGAGGGCGACGACGCCGAGUUGUCAGACCAGUCGUCUAUCUGCCAGUCGCCCACCUGGGAGUUCUACGGCCAGAACAAAAAGAAGACGAAGAAACGGGAGGCGGCACAGAAGAAAAAGGAGCAAGAGCGUCAAGAGAAAGACAACAAGGCUCCCAAGAAAAACAGGCUCAGCAAAGCAGCUCCGCCAAGCGCUGCCAGACCGAAGGCUCUGACUACUGCUGAUCGGUCCUUAUCAGCGCCUGAAUUGGAGCAACGCCAAAAGCUAUCAGAGAGGAACUUGAACCGCUCAACAAGUCACUAUCCACCCGAUGCCAUGGCGCAUCAUCAGAAUCUCCUGAAGCCAGUGGUACUGGACGAGAACACAAAGCCCAAGAGCAAAGGAUUCUUGGCCGGGCUGCGGCUCCAACAUGGAAACGUCUCUGCAGUUCAGAAAAUGAUAGCGAGUACGCGGUCUAGCAUGGACGACAACGGCUCUAUCAAGAGUGGCUCGUCAUAUCCAGUGCAAAAUCUCGGGGUACGAGGCGAGUCGGAUUUUCUGAAUCCUCGUAAACCACCGUCAAUCAAGUCUACUCAGUCGACAUCCAGCAAUUCCAUGUCCUCUCAAGAACGACGGUCGGGAUUGGGGCGCAAAUCAUCGAGCUCUGGACAUGGGCGAAGCAAUUCGCUUCUUUCGAGGCUCAAGGGACCAUCGUAUCUAUACGCACAGCCCUCGGAAGAAGGUGAUGACCUCGAUCAACGUCCUGGAACCUCGGGGCAGCUUGAUCUUAUGGUGAAUGGCACCGCGACGCCUAGUAAUCAGGAGCAGCCGCAAACUGGCACCACUCUUACUCAACAGGUUCAAGAACCUGAGGUAGACGUUCUGCGAGGUAGGAAGCCGCAGGCACACGAACCUCAAAUGAGAGACUCCAGUAGUGAUUAUGACGAGUCAGGCUAUCGUCGAAGCCGUCCCCAUAGGGCCAGAGAACAAAAUUCUUACGUUCCUGUAGCUAAUGAGGGCCGCCGUCGUCCGCCGAACUAUGUCGAGCACUCCAGACACCAAUUCCAAGAGGCAUUCAUGCCACAAGGCGCACGCCCGGGGAACGACCAUUUCAGUAGGCCCGGUGAUUAUGGGCAAGAACCCCUACGGAGUUCCUCUCGACUGAAUCGACAAAAUAAGGAUGUGCUGUUGCAGCCAGUGGCAGUAGCCGACAAACCUAGGCCGGUAGCGAGCCCCUCUAGUGACAAAGACUACGCUGCUCAGUAUACAGAAGAGGUGGACAGACUCAGUGUUACAUACUCGCCCCAUGAUGAAGAUGACCAAGCUUCUAUCGGGACCCAUAGCUCGACCAUUCGCCCAGUCUCAAGGGGACUUGAGCGCAGCCCAGUUGAGACAAGCAGGAACUUGACCAAUUCAAGUCUAUCUCCCAGGCCAAGCUUGAUUGGCAGAGCUGUCACCCACGAUGGGAUCGAAGGGUUUUUGGGACUAUCUCAGGACUCGGGCUCGGAUUCGAGAACAACCAAUAACGAUGAUCAGAUUGUUGGCAGCAAUGAUCUGCAGCAACUUCAAGAAAUAGCUGAGAAGCCCGCUGAUUACUUCACAUUCAUCUCUGAAUCGUAUGCACCACCAACAUUGGACCUGCGAUCGCCUGCUGAAGGCAAGUUCCCAACCUCACCGAGGAUAGAUGAGGAACCGGAAGAAGAUGAGGACGAUGAGCCUGCUUGGACGAUGCUGCCGAUACAAAAUACGAGCAGCUUGCCAGCAGGCAUCCGUAAUCCCUCGGCAGAGGUACCAACCAACCCCUCAGUCUCUACGGUCAGGGUAGAGCAGGUACAAGACUCUCCGGUCAUGCCCGCGCAGGGGGUUGACAGCGAUGUACCGGCCUUUGAGCGCCUGGGAGUACCAUCCACAGCGGCCAAGAUCUUGGCCAAGACAUUUCCGCACAGCAUACUCCAGGAUGACCAACCUAGCCGAAGCACAUCUGAAAGAUCAUCGUCGUCCACUUGUGAUGACGUUCCUCCAUCUCCCUCAACUGCAACGACUCCAGAUAUAUCAAGACCGCAAUCGCGACGGGGUGCCUCGGCGGAUAUCCCUAGAUCUGUCCCAUCUUCUUCGGUACUUGCUGGGGAUGAGAGAGUCUCCAGGAGACUACACCGUACAAAAUUCAUGGAGUUGCCGGGACAGUCCAAGUCUCGAUCAACAAGCAGAGAUACGAAAAUGCAGAAUGAUGCCUGGAGUCGGACGGCUCUUCCUAUCGAUUUGGAUAGCCAGUCAAUCAUGACUGCAACUACCUCUCCCAAGCCAGAAGGACUUUCGACUCCAUCUCUCGUCGCCACUCCGACAUCCGCGACCUUUGGUGAAGUACUGAAGGAGGAGUUGGAAGAUGAGGAAGAGUUGCCACCAAUCCGACGGCAGACUCUCCCACCGAAGGCACACUCGGCGAUUGAUCUCACUGCCACAAGCUUCCUGCCGCCUUUGAAGCAUCAGUCUCUUCACUCAAAGCCGAACAAAGCCGGAGCAACAUCGUUCAGUCUGCCCAGCUCGCCACCCCCGGAGCUGGAAGUGGAGGUUGAAGCUCCCGCGCCUCGACGUUCCGCCCUCAAGGCGUCGCGGAAUAAUAGCUCGAGCAGCCAGGAAUCCUCAAUACUCUCACCUGGUGCCGCCUACCUGCAGGAGGCACGUAGAACGGCACCGAUCCAUCAGGCGUCCUCCUCGCGGGCCCUUCGCCCUAUUUAUUCACACAAAAACUCUCUGCCGCAGACUAAAAACGCCAUGUCCCCUGAGCGCAAGGGAGAGCCCAUUGCCAAGAUGCUUGUCGAGUGUUGCAGUUGCAAAUUCUUUCACGAUAUGCCUUCUAGGGUGUACGAAUGCAUGGCAAAGCCCGAUUCGAUUGUGGAGGACAAACUUCUUGGCGUAUCAGCAGCAAUCACCACCAUGGUCAAGUGUCCGUGGUGCGCUCACGGCAUGACGACGCAGUGCUGUUCCGGCUAUGCUGCCGUUGUAUAUCUGAAGGAGAAACUACACGGGAAAUAA